AUGCAGCCAGCAGAGUGGCACCUUGGACUUACCACAACCUGCAGUCCAGCUCUGCUGUCUGUGCUGUGUAUUUUGGUUACACAGCUGUGGUUGGGUAGUAGCUGUCCAUCGGUGUGCAUCUGUAAUGCCUCUGAGGCAGACUGCAGCGGGCGUGGCUUGGUCUCUCUGCCCAGUCUGGGCCUUUUGCCUCCAUCGACACACACACUCCUUCUGUCUAACAACAGACUCUCGUCGCUGGCGCCUGCCUCCUUCGCAAACCUCACUGCGUUGGAGCAUCUCGAUCUCUCCAACAACUACCUGGACAAACUGCCCGCAGGCGUGUUUGCGCAGCUGCCCAACCUGACUGCUCUGAGUCUGCGCAAUAACAGCCUCACUGUGUUGGAAACAGAACUCCUGCAGGGUCUGCUGCAGCUGCGCACGCUUGACCUAUCACUUAACGGCCUGUCUGUUGUGCCCGUGGGUCUUCUGGAUGAACAGGCUGGCCUGCGCUGGUUGUCUUUAGCAGGGAACAGGCUCCAUGCAUUGGAGAGAGCAGCAUUUGAACCCCUGGCAAACCUACAGCACCUGGAACUGGGCAACAAUCCCUGGGAGUGUGACUGCAACCUCAGAGACUUUAAACACUGGAUGGAAUGGCUCCUGUACAGGGGUGGUUAUGUGGAUGCAGUGGAGUGUACAUUGCCUAAGGACCUGCGUGGGCGGGAUAUCCGAGGCGUUCCCGUGGAGAUGUUCAAUUACUGCCUGCAGUUGGAGGAUGAGAACGGGGCUGGGGCCGGGGGCACAAAAGGAGGUUCGCCACCUUGUAACCGCGCAACAGCGGCCCCACCCUCUGAGGGCAUUGUAACUGCAGGGGAGGCGGGCUUACCGGACUGUGUGAAGCAGCGCUAUCGUCCAGUGAGUGUGCGCAGGGCUAUUGGUACAGUGGUAAUCGCAGGCGUGGUGUGUGGCAUCGUAUGUAUCAUGAUGGUCGCCGCGGCAGCGUACGGGUGUAUUUACGCCUCCCUGAUGGCCAAAUACCAACGCGAACUGAAGAAGAGACAGCCACUCAUGGGUGAUGCCGAGGCUGAAACAGACCCCGACGACAAGCAGAUCUCCUCAGUCGCCUAA